AUGCUCCCACAAAAGAUGACCCUGUGGGUGGGCUCUUCCAGCUCGGCAGUAGUUGAAACUGCCGCCUACCGAUGGGAUCUUCGCAAACGCAGCUUAAACUCUGAGGCUGGCCGGGACGGCAUGGUGAUACCAACUCAGCUAUACCCCGACCCCUCCUACCCUUCGCUGACGGUGGAACACAACAUCAUCGCAAACCUCAAAAUGCAGCAGACAACGACCAUUUUGCUCUCUUCACUCGGCCUCGUCUCGGCCUACGGCCCAUGGAGCAGUGGUGGCAAUCCGUGGGGAGGCGGAGGAUACGGCGGACAGGAUGACUCGGGAUCAGACACGUCAACUGGGUUCCCAGGCAUAUCGAGUGGGAGCAGCUCCUUCGCUGGCUUCGACAUUAGCGCCGCAACGCAUUACCGGACCAUCCACGGGAUACUCGCUGCCAUCGCCUUCAUCGGCCUCUUCCCGCUGGGCUCGAUCCUCAUGCGCAUCGUUCCCGGCAAGUUCGCCAUCUGGGCUCAUGCUAUCACGCAGAUCGUCGCAUACAUCGUCUUUGCUGCCGCCGCCGCUCUAGGCUUCUACCUGGUCCACAUCGUGCGAAUCCCGUUUGGAAACGGAAAUCUGUUGAGCAACGAUGCAGUCAACUACCACCCUAUCAUCGGUAUCGUUGUGCUGGCCGCCCUUCUCAUCCAACCCGUGCUAGGCCUCAUCCACCACGCGCGGUUCAAGCGUCUGCGACGGCGCCAGGUCUGGUCCUACCUGCACAUCUGGAACGGGCGCAUCUUCAUUACACUGGGGAUCAUUAAUGGCGGGCUGGGGCUUGGGCUGGCUAGGGCCGGAGUGCCGGCCAAGGUGGCCUACUCGGUCGUGGCCGCCGUGAUGUGGAUCCUAUGGGUGCUGGCCGCCAUCUUUGGGGAGGCGAAGAGGGCGAGAGCUGCCAGAAAGGAGUCCAGGAGGAGUUCAAGGUCACGUGAGUGGAAGAAAUAA